UCUUUAAUAUUGUUGACUCUAAUCAGCAAAACAUUUAUCUUUUUCACUUUUGGUAAUUAGAAAGAUCAUUUUUAUUCGUCUCCCCUAAAAGGCAUUUAGAAACAAAAAGAAAGAAUGAGUUUGACUCUUAAGCUAAUAACCCUGCUUCUACUUGCCUUGAGUCACCAUGCUGAAUCUGGCUCCAUCGUUAAGUUCCUUCCGGGGUUUGAAGGCCCUCUUCCUUUCGAACUUGAAACCGGAUACAUUGGUGUUGGUGAUAAAGAGGACCUACAAAUGUUCUACUAUUUCGUUAAGUCUGAGAAUAAUCCGCAAGAAGACCCUCUUCUUAUUUGGUUAACAGGAGGACCUGGAUGUUCUUCUCUUUUCGCCAUUCUUUUCGAGAACGGGCCUUUGGCUUUGAAGUUCGAGCUUUACAAUGGAACUCUCCCUUCUUUGGUCACUACUACAUAUUCAUGGACAAAGAUGGCCAACAUAGUAUUCUUGGAUCAGCCAGUUGGUGCUGGCUUCUCCUACUCAAGAACUCCACUUCUUAAUAAAGUUAGUGAUACAGGUGAAGUUAAGGUCAUCCAUGAGUUUCUUCAAAAGUGGCUAAGCAAGCAUCCAGAGUUUUACUCCAACCCAUUUUACGUUACCGGAGAUUCUUAUUCCGGUAAGAUUGUUCCGCCACUCGUACAAGAAAUCUCAAGAGGGAAUUAUAUAUGUUGCAAACCUCCCAUAAAUAUCCAGGGUUAUAUCCUCGGAAACCCUAUAACACAAAUUAAAUCGGAAGACAACAGUAAAAUUCCAUAUGCUCAUGGAAUGGCAUUAAUCUCGGAUGAACUCUAUGAGUCACUAAAAAGAAUCUGCAAAGGAAAUUAUGAAAAUGUGGGUUCGCGUAACACAGAAUGCUUAAAACAUAUUGAAAUGUACAACAAGUGUACUGACAAACUAAACAGAUACCAUAUACUAUUACCAGAUUGUGAUAUGACAUCUCCUGAUUGCUUUCUAUAUAACUACUUUCUCCUUGACAAGUGGGCUAACAACGAGAGAGUUCGCAGAGCUCUUCAAGUCACUAAGGGGAGUAUAGGUGAAUGGAAGCGAUGUAAUUAUGAUGUCAUUCCGUAUAACUACGACAUUCAAAGCACCGUACCAUACCAUAUGAAUAACAGCAUUAGUGGCUUUCGAUCUCUUAUCUACAGUGGUGAUCAUGAUAUGGUGGUGCCUUUCAUUGCAACUCAAGCAUGGAUAAGGUCUCUCAAUUACUCCAUCGUUGAUGACUGGAGACCUUGGAUGGUCAACGAUCAAAUCGCUGGAUAUACGAGAGGUUAUGCCAAUAAGAUGACAUAUGCUACUAUCAAAGCAAGUUUUCUUGUGGACACACGGCAGAAUAUAAACCAAACGAAACAUUCGUCAUGUUCCAAAGGUGGAUCAGUGGCCAGCCUUUGUAAUAGAGGCUAAUGGCCUUAGGGUAUGAUUAUAGAAUAUAGAUAUGUAAGUUUGUAACAUAAAUACCAAUCUGGCUUCUAGGAUUUGAAGAUUCAAACUUUACCUCAUCCAUAUACCUUAUUUACAAAGACAUAUAGUAUUAUUAGAUGACAUGCUCUAUAGUAAUAACUAAAUUUUGCUCUGCGCUUUGAAAAUGCGAGAUAAUUUUUUAAUUAAUUUUUCGGUACUACAAUUUUUUGGGUUUGAAUUUUAAAAUUUGAGUUUUUUGAUGUUUAUAACCAAUUUUAAUUUAUUUUGAUGUCUCAUAUAAGGUUUUUGUCUCGUAUUUUAAUAUAUAUUUUAAAAAGUAAAUUUAAUUAUUAAUUUUUAAAAUAGUAUUGAUUUACUAUAUCGAUUGGUUUUUUGUUUGUGUAAAAGCAUUAAAUUGAUUCAUUGUAUAAUUUUUUAUUUACAAAAAUAUAUUAAAUAAAAAUUCAAAUGUGUAGAUACUUUAUAUAUUUUUAUGUUCCAAUGUGCACAUUUUUAGCUAACAUAUACAUUAUUAAUCAUGCACAAUUUUCAAUUUAUGAACUUUAUAUUUUUUACCAGCCAAUAAACUUUUCAAUCUAAUCCGUAUUUUUUAAUCCAAAAUAAUUGUUUCUAAGGUAUAUUCUAACAUUUGUUAUAUUUUCAAAAUAUAUAGAUUUCAUUGUGAGUUCUUAGAUAAAUAAACCCUAAAAUAUGAGAAUAAGUUUGUUAUUGUCUUAAAAUAUUAUAUUUACAAAUAUAUUGUGUGAGAGUUUUAAUAUAAAACGUACAUGAAAUUAUGGAGCAAAUUGUUUUUACUUUAGCUUAAUAUUGAUGUUAAGUAUUAAUAUAUUUAUACUAUGUUAUAUAGAUUGAAAAACCAAAAAAAUUUAAUAUGAAAGGCUUUAUAAAAAAAACAAAAUGUUAUGUAGAUAGGGGGUUUACGUAACUAUUUAAAUCAAAUAAUAAUUUAUAGUAUAUUAUGUGGCUAGUUCUCACAUAACUAUCUAAUUCUAAUAAUGUAUGGAUUUUGUGGGGUAUUAUUAAGUAUAAUAUGUUUAAUUAACUAUAUAAAUCACCCUAUAUAUAUAGAUGUGAACCGAAGGUGAGAAGGAGCUAAAUCAAGAACAAAUGGAAAAUAUAUAAGUUAUAGAAUAUUAUGUUACUUAGUUUAAAUACAAAUAAAUAUUCAUUUUAUUUGAAAAAUAGUGGCAUCAUUGAAAAUUAUUUAAAUAAUUAAAGAACAUCAAAAAAUGAUUUGCUGUUUUAAUAGUAUAGAUAAACAGUUUAUAUAUUUGAUAUUUUUUAUAAUAUUAUCUGCGAAGUGAUUUUUCACAUUCGAACUCUCACGUUAAAAGUUAGACUGUUUAAUAUCAAUAUUGCCUUUAAGAAUUUUUAUAUAAAAUCAAAAACAAAAUUUGUAUUAAUAAUAUAGAUGUGUCUGUUACAAUAUAUAUUUGAUUAUAAAUUAAUAUAAUUAAAUUCUCAAAAACUAAAAUCAUAUUUUUUUUAAUCUGUUACAUUAUAUAUUUGAUUAUAAAUUAAUAUAACUAAAUUUUCAAAAGUAAAAUCAUA